AAACCGAGGUCUGCAAGUGACGUGCUUCUAGUUUAGUCCAGAACUCCCGCUCUAUUGGUCGUCGUGCAACCCUACGGAAUAGGAGGGAAGUCAUGUUCAGAUUACUGAUACCGUGCCUGAUAUGGCUGACAACGGUGCGUUCGGAGACCGGAAUGCAAAUGGACAUGCCGGUUGGGUCGCCGAUGGAGAAAAUAUCAGACCCUUCGAUGCUGAAAGCGAAGAGAGAUUCUAUCCACGACCCUUGCGGACCGCACUACCCGCAGAUUCCCGUUUAUUCACCACCACCGGUCUACGUUAAACCCUUGAUCCAACCGACUUAUUUGAAAAAAGAACUGGGCGCAGCACCCUUAGCUCAUUUGCAAUACAUUCAACAACCGCACGCUUAUCCUGCCGUGGUGCCCAAGCCGGUCAUCAACUACGUAAAGCCGGCGGUACCUGUGUUGAACUAUCACGGGGUACAGCAUCAAUCGUUGCAGUAUAUCAAACCCGCGACGCCCAUUUACCAAAACCCUAUGCCCUACGCACCGGUCUACCAAAAGCCAUUGCAUUACGCGCCUAUGUAUCAGAACCUCAUGUACCACGAUGAGAUGCCGAAGAUCUUCUUCAAAAAAUACGAGGCACCUGUCGCCCAGGUUCUCUACCAGAAACCGCUAGUGCAUGCACCCGGUGUUCAGUACGCGACGCCGAAAGUGGUGCACGUGCAACCACCGCAGGUGUCCUACGCGAAACCCGUGAUUCAUUCACCAUCACCACCCGUGUACGCUCCGCCGCCAGUUCACAAUUCCGUUAUAGUCAAGCCUCAUUGUGAGUAGAUCGCUCUAUCAUCUGCGAUGUUGAUGUAUCGACCUCUGCGGAAUCCCUAAACGUGUUAAACAAUCGACUGGCGAUUUUAUGCCGGAUCUGCAUUCCGUAAACAAAAAAUAUAAAAGGAAUAAAAUGCGUAUAAAAAAUUGUAAAAUAUAUUGUAAAUUAAUAUUUAAAAUGUAUCUAUAUUUAAAAUUGUAAAUUUGAAUAACGCAUUAUUUUUGUACGGCGAUUUAUACAUUGUAGAAAUAUGAGCUAUCAAAAUAGAAGAAAGCAAAUUGUUGCAAUUAGCGCUUAAACUUAAUCUGAAAUGUAUAAUAAAAUGAUUUUCUUUCU